AUGAUUUACUCACUCUUCAUAUUCAACAGGCAUUGCGCCUGCAUAUUCCAAACGGAUUGGAAUAAACCCUCUACCUCAAAGACAGAGUCAUCCGAUGCCACAACAGGGACAACUAUUGGACUUUCAAGAGAUACAGGAGCACAGUCUGGUGGUCUAGUUGGCUCGAUAGACAAGCAGAUGGAGGAGACUGCUAAACUAGUCUAUGGUGUCGUCUUUUCAUUGCGAAACAUCAUCACAAAAAUCAGUCCAAAACAAGGGGACAAUUUCAUUUCGUAUCGGACAAACGCAUACAAGUUGCACUAUUACGAGUCAGGCACAGGACUCAAGUUUAUUCUUUUGACAGAUCCAAAUUCAGAUAACAUGGUAGAAGUCCUUCGUGCUAUUCAUGCUCAGAUCUAUGUGGAAUAUGUAUCCAAAAAUGCACUUCUUCCUGCAGAUGGACCAAUCAAUAACGAGUUGUUUAGAACUAAUCUGUUGCGAUUUGUGCGUGCACUCCCCAACUUUGGUGAAUAA